CAGCUGAACCAAAGAUAAGAGCUUAAAGCGCUUUCACUUCAUCGUCUAGUCACGUUCUGGUUUUAGGAAACAGCUGGAUUCGACGCAAUUCUGCAGAACGCUGCAGUGACGUUUCACUGUGCAGGAUCUCAGUUUCACUCAGUUCAGCGGUGUCGCCUUGUUCAAGACCCGUCAGGAGCGAAUGCGAGCCGGUUUUCGUCAGCCGGUUUCUGUGAUGCUAGCCGGAGAGGACGGCGCUCAGCUGCGGUGCUGUGUGGCGGUGGAGAAGCUGAACAACUGCGGCCAGGCCACCCGGAGACAGCUCGUCCGCAAAGCCUCCGUCAUCCUGGGCCGCAACGAGUUCCAGGAGCUGCUCCUGCGCGUGCACGACGGGAAACUGUCCCACAGUUACAUCCUGAAGGACUUCAGGCUCUUCACCAAGUUCGCCAGCGAGGGGAAAUGCACCGUGAAACUGCUCCCGGAAAACACCCAGCUGCUGCUCUCCAACUGCCCUCCCGACCGCCUGAAGCUGUUCCUGAAAACACUCAGCAUCAAGCACCAGGUCUGGCAGGGCGGCAAACCUCUGACCGACCGGGACAAGCUGAAGGCCGGCCUGCCCCGCAGCUUCGAGGCCGUCAGCCCUCUGCAGCAGAAAGACAUCCAGAAGGUGAAUGAGCUGCGGAGCAGAGCGGCUCCCUGCGGCCUGACGGACCGCAGCAACCAGGGGCCAGCUGCAGGCAAAGGUCAGCAGGUCAAACGGUCCCGAAGUGAUGCCAGCUGCAGCCCGGUGAAGGGAAACCCCAGUAAGAGAGUCAGCUUGUCUCUCCCGAUGCGGAAGCUCAGCAAAGAGCAGGCUGCUGUUCUCAGUGCGGUGCUGAGCGGCAAGAACGUCUUCUUCACUGGAAGUGCAGGUACGGGGAAAUCCUUCCUCCUGAAGAGAAUCCUGGGAUCUCUGCCCCCGAAGAGCACCUUUGCUACGGCCAGCACAGGAGUGGCUGCGUGUCACAUUGGAGGAACAACACUGCACAGCUUCGCUGGUAUUGGCUCAGGCUCCGCCCCCUUGGAGCAGUGUGUGGAGCUGGCCCAGCGGCCCGCUGUGCUGCAGCACUGGACCAGCUGUCGCCACCUCAUCAUUGAUGAGGUCUCCAUGGUGGAGGCCCAGUUCUUUGACAAGCUGGAGUCCGUAGCCAGGUCGGUGAGGAGAUCCACACAGCCGUUUGGAGGCAUCCAGCUCAUCGUCUGUGGGGAUUUCCUCCAGCUACCUCCAGUUUCUAGAGGAAAGGAAAAGGCCAGCUUCUGCUUCCAGGCCAGGAGUUGGAGGAAGGUCAUCCAGGUCAACAUGGAGCUAACAGAAGUGAGGAGGCAAACCGACCAGAACUUUAUCUCCCUCCUGCAGGCAGUGAGGGUAGGCAGAGUGUCGGAGGAAGUCACAGCCACGCUGCUGAAGAGCGCCUACCAUCAGAUAGAGCGGGACGGGAUUCUGGCCACCAGGCUGUGUACGCACAAGGACGACGUGGAGCUUACCAAUCAGAACAAACUCCAGCAGCUGCCAGGGUUAUCACGGGCAUUUGAGGCUGUAGACAGCGACCCAGAGCUGGUGAGGACCAUAGACGCUCUCAGCCCAGUCAGCAGGCUGAUCCAGCUGAAAGUGGGAGCCCAGGUCAUGCUGACCAAAAACCUGGAUGUGGCUAAAGGUCUGGUGAACGGCGCCAGGGGAGUGGUGGUCUCAUUCGACUCAGGAAAACAAGGAUUCCCACGUGUUCGCUUCCUGUGUGGGAUCACGGAGGUGCUGAAGCCGGAGCGCUGGGUGUUUAAAUCCGCCAGUGGGAUUCAGUUGAGCCGACAGCAGCUGCCGCUGAAACUGGCCUGGGCCAUCUCCAUCCACAAGAGCCAGGGAAUGACUCUGGACUGCUUGGAGAUCUCCCUGGCUCGGGUGUUUGAGAGCGGCCAGGCCUACGUGGCCCUGUCUCGAGCUCGAAGCCUGGAGGGCCUCAGGGUCAUGGACUUUGACCCCCAUGUUGUCCGGGCGGAUCCAGAUGUUCUCCUCUUCUACAAGAAGCUGAGGAAGGAGCAGCUGCUCAUGCAGGCCUCCAUGGAUGAUUUCUAUAAUAAAGAAAAUGCUUGACAGGCAUCUGCAUCUCCUGAGCCACUAUGCACCAUGUGCAUGACUUAUGCUUUUAAUACAACCUGAAUUUAACUUAACUCACUGGCUGAGUUCCACUGCCACCUGCAGUUCAUUUCUGUGACUUGCAGUUUUUAAGUUUUUUUUUUUUUUUAUCAUGG